CAUAGAUAUUAUGUGAGUGAGUUUGUAAAUAGAAAACACAUGUGCGUGUGUUUAUUCGUACAAAAACAAACAUGCCGACAAUGGUAUUAGUGCCAGAAAAGCUUUCGGAUGAAGAAUAUCUGGUUGAGAGAGCCAAAGAAUCGUUGAGUUUUAAUCGAUAUGAAGCGAAGUCAUGGAUGAUAACGGCAAAAACAUUAUUCCCAGACAAUUUUGGUGUUCAGUUUGAAGCAUACCAGAUUGAAAAGUCAGCAAGGAGUGUAAAAGAAGCAGCAAAAUGCAUAAGCCAGAUUUUUCAGAAGUUUCAAGAUGAAUCUGAACUAUGGCUCGAAGUUGAAGCAAUUACAUCGGCAUUACGAAGUGACAGUGGUGAUCCAAAUAUGGUUUUUCUGCGAGAUAUGUUCAGCCAUAUUCCUACAGACGUGCAGCAUGAGUUGCUGUUACAGACUGCAAGUCGCAGUGAAGAUACAAUGGAACAUUGCCGACUACUAUUGCUUCUCUUGCGCCAGUUCCCAGCUACAAUUCCGCAGCAUGGGCCUAAACUUGUGGAGACAUUGAUGACCGCAGAGAAGCAUUGUCAUUACCAGAAUGCUGUGAACUGUUACAGGAAGCUCCUUGUUUAUGAUCUGCUGCCUUUGCUUGGGACCAGCCAAGUUGAUUUGCCUCCAAAACAUCUUUUCCGAAUGCUGCAGAAGUCUAUUGAGUUCUAUCUGGCUUACCUCAUGCUACCAAAUAAAUCAAUACCGGACUUGCCUGAACUGGAGAGCAAAAUUGAAGAUCCAUGGAAAAACUUAUUUGCCAUACAAGAGAUGACUGGCAAGAAACUGAACUGGGAAUUAAGUACUGUAUUCUGGAAUAAAGAGAUUUACUGGCAGAAGAUAGUUCAGUUUCGUGCAGACCACCCCCUCACUCCAGACGAUUAUGCCAACCAUAAGCAGAUGCUGUACUGCACCACAACAUUUUUCUUGUACUGCUUACAUGAGUAUGUUGGGAUGUUGGAUCCAGGUGGUGGAGAACAGUCAUUAGUUUUGUUGGAGGCUUUCACACCACUUACAGCAUCGUCAUCCAGUGAUGACAGUGGAGAAACUAAAGCAAAGCGUCGGAAGCUGGAAGCUUCUGAUGAGGCCGCAGCACCUAUACUGACAGGCCCACCACGUGCUGUCGGGAAUUUGACGGCAACUACUGUAGGUGCAGGACUGACAUCAUCGCCCGUUGUGCAUAGUUUCCUUAUGGCUGUGCGAUGCUGGGAAUUACUUUACAGUACAGAAAGCCUGGAGAGGGAGUUUUCGCGUUUAGCACAACACCUGAAAUUAGAUGUGUGGUUGCAAGGCUUUCUCAUGGAUGCUGCUCUCUACAGUGGAAAUUUUGAAAGUGCACUGUCUCUUGUUCGAAGUCAACCAGAACCCCCUCCUACAUCACUUGCUGCCUUACGUCGUCAUCUUCGACUUGCGAGUAUCUGCUAUUGUCUUGGCCAGUAUCAGGCAGCAGUGGAACAGGUGAUGCAAGUGGUCACUAUUUUGUCAGCAGUGCCUGCUUCCUCUCCUUUCGUACCAGGAAGCUUACAGCAAGUAUCCCGCUCUGGUCGUCACCUGCACUUCCUUCCCAUAGGGAGGUCUCAUCUGCUUUACUACUGUGUGAAGCUAGUAUUAGCCACACUUAAGAAAUGUCUCCAAAGACCUGACUGUGACACGGAUUUAAUAAUUGGGCACAUGACAGUUCUUGUUCAGUUAGACUGGCCUCUGGAAGAAGAGCUUAUGGAUCAACUGGUGCAACGGAUUCAUCACAAGGGCAGCUUUACUUACUCUCCGUUCCAGCACUAUGUUAUUUCCAUUGAUCUCCUUGAAGAAUUUGUGUACCUCACUACUGAACAAGGUGGAGCUAUUCCACUUGAAAUUGUGCCCAGCACACAACCAUCAAGUCAGCGGCGCAUCUCUACACGAGGAGCGGAUAAGGGUGUGAAAGAAGACUUUAAGCAAGCAAUGAGGCGACAAGCAGCCAGAAGCAUUGAGCCACUGGAACCACUGAUCAUCAGAUUUCUUACUUCGGAGAGGACGUUACUAAUUCAAGCUCUGCAGUAGUUUUGUCUUCAAACUACAAAAAAGCUAAAAUGUAUAUUUAGAAUAAUUAAAUAAAGACAGUUUUCCAGUUGAUAUCAAAGCUUAAAAGCUCAUAAACACAGAUUUUGUCACCAUAAAGCUUUAUUGUAAACAAUGAAAUCUUUUACAGUGUAAGAUUAGAAUUUCAUUGUCAUUGCUCAGUAUAUUUGUACAAUAUUUUGUUAUUAAAAAUGAAUUUAUUAAGGAAGAGUAAAUAAAAUCUUAUGUCAUUG